ACUUACUGAGUAGGUCAUGGGCCCUGACUGGAGAGAUGAAACAACACGGAGAAAAGAGCUGUAGGCAGAGACUUUGUAGUCAAGAGGUAUUCCACUGGUAUUAUGCUGAGACCCCCUCAGCAACUGGCCAACAGACCCAGUUCAUCACUCCUGUGAUCAUUGCUAUUGAGGAGUAAAUUUGUGUUUGAGUGAUUAUGUAUUUUUUUUAUGUAUUAUUAUGUUGAAUCUUAGUCAUGUUAAUUGUUUUAAAUGAUAGUUUUGAUACUUUGAGGUAAGCUUUUUGUGUUUUUUUGUUUGAGUUUUUUGGUAACUAAAUAUUAUACAAGCCUUUUUUGGUGAUGAUUUUAGUAAUUUUAAUUUUUGUGGUUUAACUGUAAUUUGGGUAAGAGUGUAUAAAAUGUUUUUUAAGUUUAUAGUAUGUAUUGGAUUAUUUGAUUUACAAUUUAAAUUUUGUGCGGGGUAAGGUUAGUUGUUAAGAGGUAUACUAACAACGUAUGUAGCAAAUGGAUUUUUAGGAUUCGUGACUGAUAAACACUGCAUUUGGAUGUGUGGUUUUAGUUAGUGUUGCUUAUUAGUUUUGUUUUGGUUGUAGAACUAUUUAUGAUGGGUUUUUUUUGUGUGUUUUAAAUAAGGUUUGACACAGUGAGUAGGAAUCUCACGUGAUUUUUUUUUGUGGAAACAGAAGUAUAACUUUUUCUGUAGGUUAUGAAAUUUACGGGACUACUUUAUUGACUAUUUACUAAGUCUUGUACUUGAGUAGGGUUUUGAAACUCUGAUUUUGACAUCAAAGAAGAAAAAUGAGUAAACGAAGGAGGUAGAGAAGUUUUCUCCUUAUGGGAUAAAAAGGGUUUAACAUAGAAACUGCUUUGUCUAAUCUUCCGUGGGGGGUGUCCGUGGGACGGCCGGGCCGCGCGCGGGACUCGGCAGCGGGAGCGCAGCGAGCUGUGCGCGUUGGGCGGGAGGCGGCGCCGCCCUCAGCGAGCAGAGCUGAGCCGAGCGGAGCGAGCGGCUCCGAGUUCAGCCGAAACGAACCGGGCUGAGCCGAACGCAGCGAGCGGCUCCGAGUUCGGCCGAACCGAGCCGAGCUGAGCCGAAGAGGCGAAUGCAGCCGAUAAUAGCCGAGCUUCGCCGAGCGCAGCAUCACGCGCAGGGCAGGGCGGGUUCGGGGUGGAGCCGGGGCUCUGUGAAGCCCGCUUCUCCCUCUCUCUACCUCUCUUUCCUCCUCCUCGUAUUCCUCUUCUUUGUCCCCGAGACCCUACUCUCGUCUCCCUCCCAAUCCCGACUCCCUGUCCCCGCCGCUUCUUCUUGUCCUGUCCCUACCCCGCUACUCCCUUCUGUUCCCCUUCUCUCCCUCCUCUGUCCACCCUCCCUCUACCCCUCUCCCGGGCUUUCCCUUUGCCUCCCGCAUUCCUCCACAGUCUGACCUCCCUCCCUGCCCUUUCUCAUGCCCUGCUCUCGCUCCUGUCUUCCCGUGCCCCCUUUCCUUCUUUGCCCCGCAGCCGCGGGGCUCGGGGUGCCGGAGAAUAAAGGCCCGAGGGCCGGAGCCCGGCGCCCCUCGGCCCUUGCAGGAGUCCCCGCACGGGGCCGGAGGCUCUCGGCGGAUCCCCCCGUGCCGGUCAAACGCCCCGCCCGACAGCGCCGGAGCUGCGGCUUUCCCGGCAUGGCGCCGAGAGCGGCCCCCACUCGGUGCCGCGCCGUGCCCGCCGUCUGUGCCGCUCCCUCUCGCUGCCCCUGGCCCGGGGCAGCGAGGCUGGGCAGGAACCUCAACCCUUCUGGGGCUGCCCCCCCCUUUCUUGUUGCAGCAGAAUCCCUUUCUGCGGGGAUGGACGUGUGGAAAGGGCUUGGAGGAAGCCAAGCUGCGCUGCGCUGCUGUCCGGGGCAGUCGGACUCGUUCUGUGCCUUCUUUAGGGGUCAGGAAAAGGGGGUGAAGACUCGGGGCUCUGAUGCCUUUUGGGGCAUCCCAAGGUCCCCAGGAGAGGGAGCCCCACUGCGGUGCAGGAGCGGGACUGCGAGAGCUUCUCACAGGGUCGGGGGGAACACCUGGAUCCGCGCUUGGAUACGUGGAGCGUCGCUUAAAGGAGGUGCCGAGGGACGAAUCUUUGUGCCGGGGAGCAGCAGCCGAAAAGGUCCGUGCUGGUUGCCGCGUCCUCGGUGGGCAGAGAGCUCUGACCUUGGCCGGAUGGGCUGCCAAUUCUGAAGCGCUGAGCAGAGAUCUGCCCGGGAGGCAGAGCAGAGCCGAUCUCUGAGAGCUGACACGGGAGCUCUGGUGAGGACAGCUGCUCCCCUGCCUCGGUGUGGGACCUGCUGAGCUGCCGUUCCUGUGGUGGGAGUGUUUCUCCUGUCAUCCAGGCAAGCCAGAGAGCUCCUAGGGAAGGAGCAGACUCAUCGCGGAGGGACAGCGUGGAGACUGAAAGUGUAAGAAGAUGUGGAGGGAAACAGAGAAUCUGACAGGAGCAGCGAACACACGAGUGCAUGAAUUUUGCUUUUUGCUUGGAUGUAAACUUAGGAGUUGAAAGGAAUUUGGGAGUGAGAAGGGACAUUUUAGAAGGAGAAGAAGAAAAAGAAGUUGUUGUUACAGUCCUGGCAAAAUCUUUUGUUCUAGCUAAUAAAAGAACUUCGUUUAAAAAACAAAAAGAAAAAAAUGUAGGUU